AUGGAGGAAGAAUGCCAGAAGUACAUGGGCACAUUGAGGGCAUUCCGAGAUGUGCGGCGUGAAGCCGAAGCUCUUGCCAAGGCCAACCGCAAGGAAGAAGCAAGCAUCCAUGGGCAGUCAGUCAAUUCCGCUGCGAACGCGGCCAUGAAAGACACCAACGUGCAGCUGAAGCGGGAGGUCGCCUCGCUGCGUGAGCAGCUAGCAGAGCUCAUGCUGAAUGUAACUUGGCCGACCGGCUGCUACGCUAGCAGGCCCCUCCAGGCGGCGAGCAAGCGCCGCUCGGUCCCUGACCCGCAGGCGGCGGCGACGAAGGAGAAGCUGCGGCAGAUCACCGGCCCCUUCAUGCUCCGGCGCCGCAAGACAGACCCGAACAUCGUCCCGGACCUACCCGACAAGGUGGAGAUGGCCCACGAGGUCGAGCUCUCUGCCUUCCAGCGGAAGCUCUACAAGGCGGUCCAGGAGACCUACGAGCAGGAUCGGGCUAAGCUGGCCGGCUCUGGCAACUACAAGUUCGAGCGAGGUGCUGCCAUCUGCCGAAUGCUGCAUGGGCUCAGAGAAAUCUGCAACCAUCCUGCCUGCUUGGACGAGAAGCGGCGCCCGAAGGACAUCGCGGCCAAGGACUACCCAAGCCUCGACAGCCACAAGGCCAGUGGCAAGAGCGAGAAGCUUCAUGAACUGCUAGAGGAGCAGGUCUUCGCGAACAACGAGAAGGUGCUCAUCUUCUCCACGUCCCUUUCGGCCAUCGACAUGCUCGCCCAGCAGAUCCGGAAGCGCUUCAACUGUGAGCCGCUCAUUCUCAAAGGCGACGUGUCGAUGGAAAACAGGGAGGCCACUGUGAGGAGCUUCCAGAACGAUGCGCGCUGCAGCGUUCUGCUGCUCAGCGUGGGGGCAGACCUGGCAGAUUGCACCCCUGGAAAUCACCGAAGCCAGACGGAAGCCUUAACCCCGAAGCCCUUUCAAUUGGCUCAGGAAACUGAGCAGGUAGGUUUUAAGUAG